AUGGAGAAGUCGGUCGGAAACCCGCCCACGUCAGCUGUCUUGCGGGACCACUGUCACUUCUCUCAGGUCAUCUUUAACCGCGUGGAGAAGUUCUAUGUUCCUGGAGGGGAUGUCACGUGCUAUUACACCCUCACCCAGCAGUUCACUCCCCGUCGGAAGGAUUGGAUUGGAAUCUUUAGAGUGGGAUGGAAGACAACUCGUGAAUAUUACACCUUCAUGUGGAUUACUUUGCCAGUUGACCUAAACAACAUAUCAACCAAACAGCAGGAAGUCCAAUUCAAAGCUUAUUACCUGCCCAAGGAUGACGAGUAUUACCAGUUCUGCUAUGUGGAUCAGGAUGGUGUGGUCCGGGGAGCAAGUAUCCCUUUCCAGUUCCGUCCAGAAAGCGAGGAGGACAUCCUGGUUGUUACCACUCAGGGUGAGGUGGAAGAGAUUGAGCAGCACAACAAUGAGCUUCGCAAGGAAAACCAGGAGCUGAAGGACAGCUGUGUCAGCCUCCAGAAGCAGAACUCAGACAUGCAGGCUGAGCUCCAAAAAACGCAGGAGGAGCUAGAAACCUUAAAGAGCAUCAACAAGAAGUUGGAACAGAAAGUGAAGGAGCAGAAGGACAGUUGGGAAACAGAGCUGCUACAACUGAAAGAACAAAACCAGAAGAUGUCCUCAGAGAACGAGAAGAUGGGAGUCAGAGUGGAUCAGCUUCAGGCACAGCUGUCAAAUCAAGAGAAAGAAAUGGAGAAGCUUGUUCAGGAAGCUCAAGAUAAGACAGAGCAGUUGGAAUGUCUGAAAAAGGAAAAUGGCCAGCUCUUUCUCAGUUUAAUGGAACAGAGGAAACACCAGCAGAAGCUAGAGAAGACAGUGGAGGAGCUGAAGCAGCAAGAAGCUAUUGCAGCGACGAAGCAGCAGGAGUUAACGGACGAGAACUUGUUCCUGUCAAAAAAGCUGAGUGAUGACAAGAUGAUAUAUAGUGUUCUACAGAAAGAGAAAGAGAGAUUGGAAGGAGAAAAUGAUUUUUUGAAGAGGGAUAACGUCAGGCUGAUGAGUUACAUGGGUCUGGAUUUUGACAGUAUGCCAUAUCAAGUGCCUUCGGAUCAAGAAGGUGCAGGACAACACCCAGGACUUGUCUUUGGAAACCCCUAUUCUGGCAUCCAAGAAAGCGGUGCCCCCAUCCUGCCCUCCGUCAGCAAGUGUCCCACCUGCAACUCAAACAUCGCUGACGACGUUUUUGAGCGCAUCUCGCAGCAGCAGCCCGUUGAGACCCUGUCUUUGAAUUGUCCGAUUUGUGACAAGAGCUUCUCACCAGACGAAGAGCAAAUCUUUGAAGACCAUGUGUUCUGCCACAGUCUUUAA